AUGGCCGAACCAAGGACCAUGAUGGAUUAUGCCAAACCAACCCUCACCGGGGCUGCCUCGAGCAUUGUGAGACCAGCAAUAACUGCUAAUAACUUCGAAAUCAAACCAGGAAUAAUUCAGAUGAUACAAAAUACUGUUCAGUUCUGCGGCUUGGCUCAUGAAGAUCCGAACACUCACAUCGCCAAUUUCUUGGAAAUAUGUGACACAUUCAAGCACAAUGGGAUUAGUGAUGAUGCAAUGCGGCUUAGAUUGUUUCCGUUCUCAUUGAAAGACAAAGCCAAAACUUGGCUGAACUCUUUACCUGCUGGAUUGAUAGCAACUUGGGAUGAAAUGGACGGAGAGUCAUUGUAUGAAUCAUGGGAGCGUUACAAGGAGUUAUUGAGGAAAGUCCCUCAUCAUGAACUUCCCGUAUGGCUGCAUGUUCAGACAUUUUAUAAUGGGUUGACUGAAGCCAAUAAGACUAUUAUGGACGCUGCAGUUGGGGAAUCCAUUAAUAACAAGACCCCUGAAAUUGCCCAUGCACUCAUUGAGGAGAUGGCUGCAAACAACUAUCAAUGGCAUUCCAAGAGAGCCCAAGUUAGGAGACAGCCCGGACUUCACAAUGUAGACACUUAUAUAGCACUAUCUGCACAAAUCGGUGCCCUUAGCAAGAAGAUAGAUGAAAUGCAGAUGGCAGCCAUGCAUGUUCAGACCGUAGCUUGUGAAUGGUGUGGGGGAGGUCAUAUCAGCACUAAAUGUCAAGUUGGAAAUCAGUUCGUGCAGUCUCCCGAGCAGGUGGAUUUUGUUGGUAAUCUGCAAGGGCAGCAAGGCAAUCAGUACCCUCGUGCAUUUAAUCCUGGAUGGAGGAACCACCCGAAUCAGUCUUGGCAAAAUCAAAAUGCGGUGAAACACUUUCCCCAAAAUUAA